UCUGUGUGCGGUUUGUUGUAACUGUUCGAGCUGCACUCACUAAACAAUUCUCCCCGAAUUACUACUGAACGAAUUAAGCCUCGACACAGCCACAUAUUACUACUUUUCCAGAGUAAUGGAAACUUUUCCAUGCUUUAAAUCUUCGUGGCCAGAUAGCUCGUUGACGGUUCAUGUUGACGGUUCACAGGCUAGCCUAGCUUAGCUUGCUAGCCGCUAACCGAGAGACGCGUUCGUUGUCACCACAUCGCUGAAGCGGAGAUCAAGUGUGAGUGUCAAGCGUUGUGAUUAUCGUGGGGAAAUGUGUGCAAACCGUUUGAAAGAAGAGUACGAGGAGGAACUUAGUCCGACAAAAGAGGAGAACGAUCGAUCCCGUCAACUAGAGGACGCUGUUUUCAAGAAGACUCAAGUGUUUUACAGAGCAGAUGUCAGUGAAGAUCUUGAUCCUGACCAGCGGGAGCCAGAGACCCCCAACGUCAAAGAGGAAAAGGAGCCAGAGACCAUCUAUAUUAAAGAAGAAGAGAACGAGGCUGAUAUCACCGAGUUUCCAUUGACUCUCAUUGUGAAGAGUGAAGAUGAUGACGAAGAAGGUGACGAGGAGCACUGCCUGUUUCCGUGGACGGAUGUCAUUGUGACGCGGGACGAUAAUAAAGGGGCCAAGCCUCCGAAUGGGAGCUCACGUCAACACAUGACAACAGAAUGUGAUGGAGACCACUGUGGAGGAUCACAAGCAGACAGCCUCUUAUCUCCACUAUCGGAUAAUGACAACAUAGCGCCUCGCUCUCCUGAGAUGGAUGAUAAUGAUGAUGAUGAUGAACACGCUCAAUGUGAUAUGAUAUGUCACACUGACAAACACAUGAAAUGUUCUCACUGUGGGAAAACAUUUAGUUCAAAGUGGGGUUUGAAAGUACAUGAGCGAAUACACACUGGGGAAAAACCCUUUGUCUGCUCAGUUUGUGGUAAAAGGUUCACCCAGAAGGAACAUUUAAGAACACACACAAAAACACACACUGGGGACAAAGCGUUUGUCUGUUCAGUGUGUGGUCUUACAUUUAUUCAAAAGAUUAAUUUAACAAAUCACAUGAGAAUACACACGGGAGAGAAACCUUUUGCCUGUGCCGUUUGUGGUCUUCGAGUAAAUCAAAAGAUUAGUUUAACAAAUCACAUGAGAACACACAAUGAGGAAAAACCCUAUGCGUGCUCAUUGUGUGGUAAAAGAUUCACUCAGAAGGGACAAUUGGGAAGACACACAAAAGCACAUACUGGAGAAAAACCUUUUGACUGUCCAGUUUGUGGUAAAAGAUUCACUGUAAAGGGACAUUUAAGAACACACGCAAGAACACACACUGGAGAGAAACCUUUUGACUGCUUAGUUUGUGGGAAAAGAUUUUCUAAAAUCGGACAUUUAAAAACACACACUAGAACUCACACUGGAGAAAAACCCUUUGCCUGCUCAGUUUGUGGUAAAAGAUUCUCUAUUAAGGGCCACUUAAGAACACACAUAAGAACCCACACUGGAGAGAAACCUUUUGCCUGUUCAGUCUGCAAUUCAACUUUUUGCGAUCGUUCAGGAUUGGUUCAACACAUGAGAAGACAUACUGGCGAGAAACCCUUCAGUUGCAGUGUAUGUGAUAAACAAUUCUCUUAUACGUAUCAGAUGAACAAACACGAGUGUGCUGGUAAGAAGAGCAGCAGUUAAUGACGCUUUAAAUAAAUCGUAUAAAAAGUGUGUGUGAGCUUAACAUUUUAUACACAUCUUCAAACAGUGUCAAUAGUGGAGCCUAAAUGCAGUAGACCUAAAUAGUACUUGUUUUCUUUUGAGUUUCAACUAAGUGUACUUUGAAUUACAAUUUAGCAUCCAAAGUGUGAAAGAUUAAUUUGACACAUUAAAUUACUUCAAAAUGGUUCCACAAAAAUAUUCCAUCUUGAUUUAUGUACUCUGAUACCUUUGCUCAGCUGACCUUGAAUUGGAAGAGUCAAUA